UAUUGAUAUACCCCCUUGUCAUGCAAUAUGUGAGUCACCCUCUCUCUCUAUAUUGCAUGCUCUAAUCCAACUAUUUAUACCAUCAACCCUAGCCUCUUCAUCCAUUCAUCAAUAUUUUCUUCUCAUCGCUUAAUUUUUUAACUUCACGUGGCUUUGCAUGAUGCAGAUUCCACCAAGAAUGGCCACUUCAUUUUCUGCCAACUCUCCCAAUAUUGCAGCAAACAAGUUAAUAGAAGGAGAUAGCAGCAACAGAGAAGAAUCAGUAAUCAUGAAGAGAAGUAGCAGAGCGGGUGAAAAGAAAACAGGAGGAGCCAAAGUUGCAAGACUCUUGCUAGUGAAUCAAGCACUAGCUACUCUAGCCUUCUUUGGAGUUGGAGUGAACUUGGUCCUGUUCCUAACCAGAGUUCUUGGUCAAGACAAUGUGAAUGCCGCUAAUAAUGUGAGCAAGUGGAUAGGAACUGUUUAUAUGUUUUCAUUGAUCGGAGCAUUUCUGAGUGAUUCAUACUGGGGUCGAUACUUAACCUGCACGGUCUUUCAACUUGUUUUCGUUCUGGGCUUAGCACUGUCCUCAUUGUCAUCUUGGCGUUUCUUGAUCAACCCAGUUGGUUGUGGUGAUGGCCAUACUCUUUGUAAACCCUCAUCAAUUGGAGACGAGAUAUUUUACUUGUCCAUAUAUCUAGUGGCUUUUGGUUAUGGGGGCCACCAACCCACCUUAGCAACAUUUGGUGCGGACCAAUAUGAUGAGAAAAAUCCAAAAGAGAAGAGUUCAAAAGUGGCUUUCUUCUGUUACUUUUACUUUGCGCUCAAUGUCGGUUCUUUGUUCUCCAACACUGUACUAGUCUACUAUGAGGAUACAGGGAUGUGGACAAUGGGUUUCUUGGUAUCAUUGGUCUCUGCUGUCAUAGCCUUCUUGGCUUUCUUAUUGGGAACUCCAAGAUAUAGGUAUGUCAAGCCAUGUGGAAACCCAGUUGUGAGGGUUGCACAGGUAUUCACUGCUGUUUUUAGAAAAUGGAAGGUGUCUCCAGCAAAGGCAGAAGAACUCUAUGAGGUCGAUGGUCCACAAUCUGCAAUAAAAGGCAGUAGAAAGAUUCGCCACACCGAUGAUUUUGAAUUCAUGGACAAGGCAGCAACAAUCAAAGAGACUGAGGAGCAUAGUCCAAAGAAUCCAUGGCGGCUUUGCACUGUGACUCAAGUGGAGGAAGCCAAAUGUGUGUUAAGAAUGUUACCAGUUUGGCUAUGCACCAUUAUAUACUCAGUUGUGUUUACACAAAUGGCUUCUCUUUUUGUUGAGCAAGGGGAUGUCAUGAACUCCUACAUAGGAAGUUUUCAUUUGCCAGCAGCCAGCAUGUCCGCGUUUGACAUCUUCAGUGUCCUUGUCUGCACUGGAAUUUAUCGCCAAAUCCUCGUUCCAUUAGCUGGAAGAUUGAGUGGUAAUCCAAAGGGACUAAGUGAGCUUCAAAGAAUGGGAAUUGGCCUAAUUAUUGGUAUGCUGGCAAUGGUUGCAUCUGGUGCCACAGAGAUUGCAAGGCUGAGACGUAUUAGUCAUGGCCAGAAGACUAGUUCCUUGAGCAUAUUUUGGCAAAUCCCACAGUAUGUUCUGGUUGGUGCUUCAGAAGUUUUCAUGUAUGUUGGUCAAUUGGAGUUCUUUAAUGGGCAAGCCCCAGAUGGAAUAAAAAGCUUUGGGAGCUCACUUUGCAUGGCUUCAAUUUCUCUUGGUAACUAUGUAAGCAGCAUGCUUGUGAACAUGGUUAUGAUAAUCACAGCAAGAGGGCAGAAUAAAGGUUGGAUUCCAGAGAACUUGAACACAGGGCACAUGGAUAGGUUUUUCUUUCUCCUUGCAGGGCUAGCUGCCUUUGACUUUGUGCUGUACUUGUUCUGUGCCAAGUGGUACAAGAACAUCAAUAUUGAAGAUAGUGACAUGGGAGACCAAGAGGAGGAGCUGGAGGAUGUAAAUAGCAAGGUUUGAGAGUUUCAUCUUAUGUGUCCAAUGCAAGUGUGUUGAGUAGUAUUUAUUUUCUCUCCCCCCAAGCAUUAAUAUUAAUGUAUUCAGUCAAUAAGAACUGCAUUCUCUCUCUAGCCACCAUAUACUGCUGCGUUAGGCUUCUGUUUGUCAUUAAUUUUUGUUAAAGUGAAUUGGAUGUGUAAGCCAGUGAUUUGUCAAUUGCUGGUAAGUUAUCCAUUUAUACCUUAGCUUAAUCAUUACAUGACAAUUCAUCGUGUACAUUUCCAAUUAAUGAAUAUAUUAUUGAUGAAUA